AUGGAAGCGAAGAGGAGCAAAGGCCCUGGCAGCGUGUCGCUGGAGUCGCUCGGCGCGCGGCUGCAGGCCACAGAGGUCUUGGCCAAGAAGCCGGAGGGCUUGGAUGCGUUUAUCUGUACCCAUCAUGGCACUUUCCAUGCCGAUGAGGUAAUGGCCUGUGUCAUGCUGAAGUGCCUGGACCAGUUCCAGAGCCUCCCGGUGCUGCGCAGCCGCGAGGCCGCGGAAAUCGACCAGGCCACCAUCGUGGUGGAUGUGGGCGGAACCUACGAGCCGGAGAAGCAGCGCUUCGACCAUCAUCAGAAGACCUUCACGGAGACUUACUCUGAGGCCUACAGCGGCAUCAAGCUCUCCAGCGCCGGCCUGGUCUUCAAGCAUUUCGGGCCCGCGGUGGUCGAGGCCAUCUGCGGGCCCUUGGACGAGAAGUCCAAGGCUGCCAUCCUCGCCAAGACCUACGACGGCCUGAUCCGGGAGCUGGAUGCCCAAGACAAUGGCGUGCAGGUGGCGGAUGAGCCACGCUACCGCUUCGUCACGAACCUGGGCUCGCGAGUGGGACGGCUGAACCCGAGCUGGCAGGAGCCCAGCACCCCGGAGGUGGAGAACGCGCGCUUCAAGGAGGCGCUGCUGGUGGCGGCCAAGGAGUUCUGUGACAUCGUCGGGGGCUAUGCAGCUCAUUGGCUGCCAGCGCGGUCGCUGGUGAAUCAGGCGCUGGAGAAGCGACAGGAGGUGCACAGCUCGGGCGAGAUUAUGCUGCUGACGCAGUUCUGCCCCUGGCAAGAUCACCUCUUCGACUUGGAGGAGGAGGAGGAGGCAAACCGCACACCUCUGGUCAAGUACGUCAUCUUCCAGGACAGCCGUGGCAGCUGGCGGGUGCAGGCGGCUCCCAAGGUGCGUGGCAGCUUCGAGCUGAGGCUAAAGCUUCCGGACGAUUGGUGUGGUCUCCGGGACCAAGAGCUCAGCGACAAGGCCGGCAUCCCAGGUUGCGUCUUCGUCCAUGCGAAUGGCUUCAUUGGUGGCAAUUCGGCGAAGGAAGGCGCGCUGGCCAUGGCCACCAAGGCCUUGGAGCAAUGA